UGACUGAGGAUAAUAGGCGAGAGUGUGCCAGGCAGCCGCACCGAUCGGACGGAACUGGCGAGCGGUCGGGGGAACAGCAAGAGAAAAGUAAAAAUGUUCCGUGAGCUGGUGUCGACGGCAGCGGCAGCUUUAGGAAGGAAGGACGUAGGGAGCGGCCAAGUUAUUCUGUCUCUCAAGGAUGAACUGGCGCGUCGCCAGGAGGAGGGUGCCCACAGGAUGGUCGAGCGACAGGUGGCCCUUCAGGUAGCCUUUUGCAGGGAGCGGCUCACGUGGCUGCUGCCGAUGGUGGGGCUCUCCGCGGCCUUCCUUGUGGCUGGCUACCGCGUCACUAGGAGCAGCGUGGUCCUCUACCCGCUCGUGCCCAUGUCCUUCGCCGUCUUCUACCAAUGUGACCUCGCCUACGGCAGCAAGACCAAUAGGAUUAAAGGCAUUGCUGAGCGUAUCCUGGCCGAGGAGGCGAGUAUGGUACACGUUCCUGAGUGGCACUACACCGGCAUGACCCCGGGAUGACCGCCACACCAGAAUGGGCCUCGAAUUAUGACCCGCCCCCCAACACACACACACACACACACACACACACACACACACACACACACACACAGUCAUACCCAACACUUUGCUGCUACCUGUUUUUCUUUAUUACUCUUACGACCCAUUUAGAAAUCCCUUGACAGUUCCUAUAAGUAUAACAUGAACUUUCUUACUCCCAUAGGCUAUAACUGCGCGUGGCUCAGUGCGACGGAGAUGAGCGCCCAGGCCACGCGCAGAUGGUACGCAUUUUUUUUUUUUUUUUUUUUUUACAACAAAGGAGACAGCUCAAGGGCACAAAAAAAGGAAACAAUAAUAAAAAAAAGCCCGCUACUCGCUAAAGCUUAAAUUUACGUUAUCUUAGACCUGGAAGACUUAUGCAGAAAUCAAGAUCAGCUUUUACUCCGCAAGGAAAGGAGUUGGAUAUGGAAGGAAGGGAGAGGUAUGACUUUUGUUAGUAUGACGGGCCGUCCACUCUGUUUUGUUGGUCUUUCUCCUCCUUCUGGACAGCACGUCUGUUGUUGUAUUUGUUGUUGUUGUUGUUGUAGUUGGGCAUAACAAAAAUCCCGCUAAUCAUUGUUUCUUCUCUUUCUUUUUCUUCCUUUUUUUUGUCUUGUUUCUCUGACGACGAAAAUAAAUGAUGACGAUGUACUUAGACAACGAAGGCUGACGAUUUACAUUCGCAAGCCAUACAAAUCUGUCCUGUGUCGUUCACUCCUGUAGGCUACUCUUUUGACAAAGGUCGCCACGACCCGAUGCACACACACAAAUGUAUGUAAAUCAUUUUAUAAACGCACGAAUAAAAUAACAAAAACUA